AUACAAAGACAGAAUUUACAUUUCCUAGAAAUAGAGAAUGAGCAUUAUGUAGUUGGUUUUCAAAUACAAAAGUUUUCAACGAUUGGAUACUUUGAAACGCGACUUUUAAAUGAAGGAUAAAAUUGAGAAUAGUCCACGUUGCAGAUAACUCAAAAUUGUGCCGCUCGAUCUUUAAAAUAAAUAAAUAUACUAUAUUAUAUGUAUAUUUGAUAUAUAUAUAUAUAUAUAUAUAUAUAUUCGGUGCGCGGACACCAUAGUUGCUAGGGAGUGCAGUGUCCUGUUUAAAAUCUAAACCAAAGCGGAUUGAUACACAAUUUGAAGCGGCAAAGAGCGCGUAGGACUGUAGUACACUUGAUUAUCAUAUUCAUUAAGUCGUUGUUAGGUACAGUAGGUAGUAAGAUCAAAUCAACAUAUCAAAAUGGCAGAUCAACUGACAGAGGAACAAAUUGCUGAGUUCAAAGAAGCCUUCUCGCUGUUUGAUAAAGAUGGAGAUGGCACCAUCACCACCAAAGAGCUGGGCACAGUGAUGCGCUCGCUGGGACAGAACCCCACAGAGGCCGAGCUGCAGGACAUGAUAAAUGAGGUGGAUGCUGAUGGAAAUGGAACCAUUGACUUCCCUGAGUUCCUGACCAUGAUGGCGAGGAAGAUGAAGGACACUGACAGUGAGGAGGAAAUCAGAGAAGCUUUCAGAGUCUUCGACAAGGACGGUAAUGGCUAUAUCAGUGCUGCAGAGCUGCGUCACGUUAUGACAAACCUUGGUGAGAAACUGACAGACGAGGAGGUGGAUGAGAUGAUCCGGGAGGCUGAUAUCGAUGGAGAUGGACAGGUGAACUACGAAGAAUUUGUGCAGAUGAUGACGGCAAAAUAAUACCGUAAACCCAAAAGAACCCUUCACCACCAGACCAAACAGUGGACAACACACUCACUGUCAACACUUGACUGUCCUCUUAUUUAUUUUUGCUUUGCAUUUGGUUGCUUUCCCCCUUUGUCCAUUUCGCUUGAUUCAGGCUCAUCUGCAAAAUCUGUUUUCUUUCAUUGUUCCUCUCUUAUGCUCUUUUCUUUGACAUUUUCUCUUUUCUCUCAAGUAAAAUAUUUACAUAAACAUAUACUAAAAUUGUCGAAACAAACGUGAACAAUUUCAAGCUAAAAUAUAUACAGGAAGAGAAAUGCAUGCUGUGUUACUUUGGGAAUAUUUUUGUGCUACACUGCUUGCAUUGGUUUUUGUUUUACAUGGUCUAUUCUCAUGCCAUUUACGGUUGUAGAUAUUUGCUAACUUUUAGAAGUGCAAAAGAUUAACAUGAUGGGAGGUGACAGGAUUUUAACAAUAAAAUAGACUAAUGUACUUCCAUGUGUUAAUGCGCAUGUUUUGGUGAAUUCUUUUGGUAUGUAUGUUUGAGUAUAGCAGACAUGGUUGUCCAAGGACUCCCCUGUGCAGUGCUGUAUGCAUAUCUCCAUUAUGUCCUGACAUUAAACAUUUCGAAAAUGUUCUUAUGCUAGAGCAGGGGUGUGUUCAUUAUGCUGAGUCUGUUGCAAAAUGUUUUUGAUUAAACUGCGAACAGAACAUCUUGUGUUUUGGUUAAUUAAUGUUAAUUGAUUUCCCUAAUGAAAGCCCCUGGUCUUUCUGUUCAGCACCACUACAGUCUCGUUUGAAAUGAUUUAUGCUAUUUUACCAAUCAAGUAAUGUUUUCAUGUACAUUUCACUUAUGCGUAAAGAUGUAAGUUAUUCCAUUUUUUUUUAAUGGUUAUGACAUAAGUGGCAAUUAACUUCAAACCUGCUCUGAACAACUAUGUACUAUUAGGAUAUUCAUUCCCCAAGCAAAUGCCACUCGCCUUGUAAUUGUGGUUUUAAAGGAACCCUGUACAAGAAAAUACAUUUCCCCGUCUACUAUUUUUGAAAAUGUUAUCUGUGGAAGGGUGAAUACAUGUUGAGUCUGCUGAUUGUGGUUUUGUACUGAACUUGUGUAUGUGAUUGAAGUCAUGGUCUGUGUUGUCGCUGUCCUACCUAUCUGGUCAUGCCAUAUUGCAUAUUUAACUCAACAACCUUUUCAUGUUAUCCAUAUUUUAGUUUCCCCCUCCCAUUCCUAAGUUUACUUUUUUACUGUCCAUAAAUGUUCUCUGUUAAUGAUCUUUGUUUAAAAAAAAUGGAAGACUUU